CUCAUUUACGCACCCACUCACUCACCCACUCACCCACUCACUCACUCACUCACUCACCUUUACACACAAACACAGACGCGCGCACAAGCUAGAAAUGGCGACAAAAUUCAAAUACAACCUCGAGGCGCUAGAGUGGGACGCCAAGCACAUGCGCAACAAAGAGGGCGUGUACUGCUACUGCGGGCUGGACUACACCGACGGGGACUCGAUGGUCAAAUGCCAGGACUGCAAGCAGCUCUUUCAUUGGGAUUGCGUCCCAUCUAUAAAGUUGAAGCCGCUCAAGGGCGACAGCUUCUACAAGUUCCAGUGCAGCGUGUGCAACAGCGGCAAUGAGAUCUACGAAAGGGAGACGAUUAGCUGGGUACAGGCGAUCCACCUGGUACUCUACCAUCUAAUCAAAACAGAGCCGGAAAAGAAGUACUUUCGGUGGAGGGAAAACAUUUGCGCGACGAUCAGCGAAAAUUGGGAGAGCUUGAUGCCCGGCAAGGCCAAGACAGCGACGUGGCACAAUACGGUAGCUGGCUCCCUAUCCACGCAUCACUCGAGGUUCAAAUCGGGAUUCGACGACACACAGCAGUCUGGGAACUGGACAUUGCAGGAGGUUACUCCGCCAGAUAGCACGCCGCCCAAGGCGACUGGGAAGGCCAAGGAAUCGCGUGCGCCAAGGCAAAGAUCGGACGUGAAAAAGCCGCGGAAGAAGACUGAUCUUUCUGCUGGAUCCGAGGCUGAAAAGGAAAUCCUCGAGGUUCUGAAUGAGUCAAGGGGAUCAAAGAGGUCAACCAGACACCGUGUUUCGUUUAGCGAUGAUGAGAGCGAUAGUGACGUGGGCAAGAGGAAGGCGAGGAGACGCCGGGUGGAUCCCAAAAUACUCGAUAAUGAUAUAGAUCUGCUGCAGAGUUUCGAGCUGUUUACCAAGCUGGAGAAGGAGCGCCUUGGAGGAUCCUCGCAGGUGGACAAGCCCGAGGGUUUCGAGAAGGACGAUGAUCUGGAGUCGCUUAGUUCGUUGAGCUCGCUAUCCACAGACUCGGAGGCGGAUGGUAUUGACUUUUCAGACCUUGGGGACAAGGGCGCUCUUGAAGCGAUUGGCAGUGACGACGAUACUGAUGACUUCCAAGUCGAGGAAAAGCCAGUGCUCCAAAAUGAAGCCGGCGAGGAAUUCUUUGGCAAUCUGCUUGGAGCCAAUGCGACCACCAUGGACGCGCCGCACCAAGUGAUCCGCAUUAAGAGGGAUGAUACAAACAUCAGCCCAUUGGCGCCAAAACCCUUGUCAACUGUGGCAUCGCCAUUAGAUUUGGCUACCACACCUAUGUCGUUCCCUGCUUCCAUUCCAGGACUGUCUUCGACGCUGCCUUUCCAAUCACCAGCCCCCGAAAGCCGCAUUUCGCCUGAUUUGACGCCUUCGCCUGAGCGCACUCCUGUCGCAGAGUCUGUUGAAGUAGGAUAUGUGCCCGAGAAGACGGCUGGUCAUAUGUACGAGGAUGCCGAUGCAUUAAAUUCCUCCAAUUCGGACAACGACGGCUAUGGAUAUGACGAGGACGAAGACGAUGAUAGUGAUGGUGAUGGUGGUGCUCGGAGCGAAGACGGCCAAGACCAUAACGACGAGCGCGAGAUUGAUGCUGAUACCGACGCCGAGCAGCAUCUCGCUGCUUUCGGACCUUUUCCAACCACUUGCCUCGACAACCUCAGCCCGCAGCCACUGUUUUCUUCAUCAGAGGCUGAGGUUCCUAAUAUUCACCUUAUGAGCGAGCAGGCGCAGUGGGAGUUCUGUGCAAAAACGAGCAGCAGCCAGUCUGUGCUUACCAGUAAGGCCAAGCGUCUACGUCGCCGGCUAGAGCUGCGGCGGUUCAAGCGCAUGCUCGGAUUGCGGCUAUUCGACAUUGACAAUGCGGUCAAGACGUGCAUGGAGCACAGGCAGAUGCCGUGGCUCCAGAGACCAAUUGACCUCCAGGCAUAUCUGCUGGCCGGCGGCAGUACUAAGCUAGCGGAUGACAAGACCGGCAUGCGGCAGCUGCUGUCAGAAUCUGGGGCAGGCGAGAGCAAUGAUCUGAGGAGCGGCAGCUGCGAGCGUGAUGAGAUAGAUCGGCCAGGAGGCGGUGACGCGAGCCACCCGGGUGUAUUACAAGCAGAGUCUGCUGCAAAUGUCAAAAGGGGAAUCACAGUGACCGCCUAUGCCAACUCGUUUGCCUCGCGGCUAAUGGGCCGAGCCAUUUUGCGCGACAGCCUGACAUCGCAGGUUGCCAAAGUCAGCCCGUUCCACGGCCGCCUUCUCCGGCCGUACAUCUGGCGCGACUUUAAAACUUUUGGCGCAGACGACAGUGCUUCUGGACCCGAUGGCAAGGCUCGUGGGCUGGCGAUGCUGCGAGUGCAACGGGCAAUUCGCUCACGCAGUCACCCGCUCUUCCACACUCUGUCGCUCGAAUCCCUGUGCUUGUCCAAAACGGAGAGCAUUGACUACGUGUUCUUCCAGCACGAACACCUUGAGCAGGUCAACGCGCUCCUCUGCCGGACGUUUUGGCCCGGCAUCGAUAUGAGCGAGGCCCUGCUCUACCCCGAAUUUAGCAUCGUCGCGCUGUACAAGCGCACUGUAAUUGGCUGCGCGUUCUUGACUCCCGAGGCAUACCUCACGUAUAUUGCAGUUUCGGCUGGCUGGGAGGGCGCCGGGAUUGCCAAGUUUAUGAUAUACCAUUUGACCCAGACUGUGCCUACGAAGGACCUGACGUUGCAUGUGUCGGCGACCAACCUGGCAAUGCUGCUGUACCAGAAAUUUGGAUUCAAGCCCGAGAAGUUUGCUGUUAAUUUUUACAAGUCGUACUUGCCAGAGUCCAGCCGUGUCUGUCCAAAUGCCUUUUUCAUGCGAUUGCGGCGCUAUUGAAGCCGGCUGAGCAAUGGCAAAAUAAAAAAGCAAAAUAGAGUCAGUUUUUUCUUUUUCUUCUUUUUGUGCGCAGCAGCAGCAGCAUCACAU